AUGCGAAAGAAAAUAGAGAAAACAAAAAAAAGUAUCAAUUAUCUUUAAUAUUAGAACCUUGGACUGAUUAUGAAGACACUCAAGUAAUGUAAUUGGUAGAAUAGUAUGGUCCACAUAAAUGGACAUUUAUAUCAUCCAAAUUACCAGGAAGAAUUGGUAAAUAAUGUAGAGAAAGGUAUUUGAUCUUAUUUAUUAUUUUAGAUGGCAUAAUCAUUUAAAUCCAUUAAUUAAGAAGACACCUUGGGAUUAUAAUGAAGAAUGGCUCCUUUUUUUAUAUCAUAAAGCAAUUAGUAAUAAAUGGGCUGAAAUUGCAAAACACUUAGAAGGAAGAACAGACAAUGCUAUAAAGAAUCAUUGGAAUUCUGGAAUGAAAAAAAGAAUUCCAGAAUUCACAGAUAAAUUAUAAAGCAUUAAACAAUAGUUUCUUUAAAAAGGGUUGUAUCUAUUAUUUUUAUGAAGGAAGACCUUCUUACUUUGAUCAAUUUGAGAUUGAGUAUGAAAGAAAAGCAUUAGAAAUCAUCUUUCUCAACAAAACUUAUGUGAGUUUGUUAACAGAUUCAGAAAAUGAAGAAGAAGAACCAAAAAAAUAAACAAUUUUACAAAGCAGAGAAAGCACUGCCAUUCGGAUCUAGUAAUAUGUAUAAUCAAAUUUUUAUUAAUAUUAGAAUGAAAUGAGAAAUAGAACUAUUAUUAAGCAUCCCAGAAGAAAUAGAAUGCAUAAAAAAUACCUUCUUUUUAAGAAACAAUAAAAAGAAAAUUCUAAUAAAGAACACUAUUUAUAAUGGACACAUACUCCUUAAAAAUAUGAAAAGUAUUAGCUUAAUAUAAUUUAGUGAUGAUUAUUAUUAUACACCUGCUGCAUUCAAUAAAUAAAGAAGAAUGAGCCAUAGCAGUUUUAGAUAAAGCCAACAUCAAAGUUUUGUAAAUGAAACUAUAAAUCAAUAGUAUAACGAAUCCUAUAUGGAAAGGGAUGAAUUAAAACAGAAUUUAUUCCUUUGA